CUCCAUCCAAACGAAAUAUAUUCCUGGUUCUCAGUGUUCAGGAGUGAAGGAAUCGUAGAUCCAAUAUUCUGAAAGGAACCUAGACCACCCGCGGAAGAUGCCAAACGAGAGCCUGGAGUUCCUGAAGGAUCUGAACCAGCCGAAGGUGUACGAGCUGAAGAAGGCAUUCUGCCUGUUCGAUCUGGACGGGGAUGGGAUCAUCAGCGAGCAGGAUCUGCGGAAUACCUUUCUGACGCUGGGACUGGAAAAGCACGAUGCCGAGAUUAGCAAGAUGUUCGAUGGCGUAGUGCAACCCCUUAACUUGGACGUAUUUUUGCUACUCGUUCUUCAGCGGGCGAAUGGCCUUGCCCCGAUGGAUGUGAUGGUGAACGCCUUUCGCCAUUGGGACAAACCCAACACCGGAUUCAUCGAUAAGGAAAAAUUCAUGUUCGACAUUAUGAACUACGGCGAUCGGUUCACACCGGACGAGGCUGACCAGGCACUCGAAGAUGCCGUCGUAACUCGCGGGCCCCAGAUGAACCGGGACGGGCAGCUGGUGGAGAAGUUCGACUAUUUGGACUUUGCGGAAAACAUUUCCGGCUUCCAGAAGACGGAACACAACUAGAGAGAGAGAUAGAGAUAUGCUACACUGAAUGGUGCAGAGCAGGUCUUGGCAACUAGCCGAGCAGGCCAUGAGAAAACUGUAGCUACGCUUUCAAAGCAAACUAGAUUUGCAGCCCGGAAAUAGAAACUGUAAUGUUUA